AUGGAAAACUGUAAUCCUGUAUCCACCCCUGCAGCAUGUGAUGUCAAGUUAGAAGAGAAUGAUGGUAGCAAGCCAGUCGACGCUAAGCUCUAUCAGUCUAUCAUAGGAAGUCUCCUAUACGCUGCAGUGUCUACUCGUCCUGAUAUAGCGGAGACAGUGGGAGUUUUAUCAAAGUUCAACUCCUACCCAUCUCAGACUCACCUGACGGCCGCCAGGAGGGUUCUUCGCUACCUCAAAGGUACCCAGGAUUUAGGUCUCGUAUAUCGAAAACAAGGAAAAUCCCUAUAUGGAUAUACAGAUGCUGAUUACGCCAGUAGUGCCGACCGUCACUCGAAGUCUGGAGCAGUGUUCAUACACCCUGGUGGACCGGUGAGCUGGUGUAGUAAGCGUCAGUCUAUCAUAGCCCUAUCAACUGCCGAGUCCGAAUAUAUAGCUCUCUUCGAUGGUGUGGUGGAGUGUAUGGUUACGUCAGUUACUGUCAGAUAUUGGAGCCCCACCAUCGACAGCCACCACCAUUCAUGUUGA